AGGGUGACCUAUGUAAUCACCUAUGUGAUCACCUACUUCGGGGACCACGGAAGAUAUGUAGACCAUGCCAAAUCAAGUUUCCUUGGACGGCUGUAGCCCUCAUUUUCAGACUGAAUAGAUCCAAUCUCCAAAUCAACAUUCUUCAUGCGUCUUCUGACCACACUCUCGCUUGUAUAUAUCCAUGCACUACUUCCUUUCAAUAACUUCAUCAGAAAAACAUGUCUGACCAAUUGCAUAAUAUGUUCCCCGUUCAGACACUGAAACAUCGUUGCGUCGCCACCCUCAAAACCCUGAGCCCCCAUAUCAGCUGCCUAGCAGUCCAGGAUAACCUCCUCUACGCCGCCGCCAUCAACGAAAUCAGCGUCUUUGAUUUAUCUAACCACUCCCAUAUCGAUUCUUUUAACGAUGAUCCCACUUCCGGGUUCGUCAAAUCCAUUGCAUUCAACAACACCAAAAUCUUCACUGCUCAUCAAGAUGGCAAGAUCAGAAUCUGGAAAAUCAGUACCCCUUCCAGAAAACACCAGCUUCUCUCCACUCUCCCUACUGUUAAAGACUGGUUCCUCCAUUUCAUAUUUCCAAAGAACUACGUUAACGUUAGACGUCACAAGAAGAAGCUUUGGAUUGAACACUGGGAUACAGUUUCGCGUUUGGUUAUAAAUGACGAAAAAGGGCUAAUGUAUUCGGUUUCAUGGGACAAAAGUUUCAAGAUAUGGAACGUAAAGAACCAACGUUGUUUAGAGUCUGUGAAAGCUCAUGACGACGCUGUGAACACUUUGGUUGUUUCGGAUAAUGGAACUGUUUACACGGGAUCUGCUGAUGGGUUGAUUAGAAUUUGGGAGAGGGCUGAUAAUGAGAGACGGCAUAGCUUGGUGGCAACUCUAAACAAGCAUAAAUCUACUGUUAAUGCGCUUGCCUUGAACAGUGAGGGAUCGGUGUUGUUUUCAGGAGGUUGCGAUCGUUCAAUCAUGGUGUGGGAGAAAGGAGGCAAUAAUGAUGGAAAUCAUCCGGUGGGAUUUGUAGAAUCAUUGUGGGGUCAUUCGGGGGCUAUAUUGUGCUUAAUCAAUGUAGGGGAUUUGCUUGUGAGUGGAUCAUCUGAUCGUACGCUGAAGGUUUGGCAACGAGGGAUGGAGGGUGGGUUCCAUUGUACUAUAGUUCUCGAAGGACAUGAAAAACCUGUGAAGUCGUUGGUAGCAGUUGCCAGAGGUGUGUUUGAGGAGAUCUUUUCAAUCUGUAGUGGAAGUUUAGAUGGAGAAAUUAAGGUGUGGGAGAUCUCAAGAUGUUCAAACCUCAAGAACAAAUCCCAUGAUUCGCAUUUUAUUGGAUGGGAUCCUAAAAAUUGCUAGAUUAAUUCCUUUAGUUAAUUUGUUAGCAAUUAGCAUUUUGACAUAGAGCUCUAAUCAUGUGAUCAUCGUGCAACCAUUUUCUUUUUUACUUUUCCUUGUUUCCCUAAGCAGGCA